AUGGUCAUCGAGAAAGGCAGCCACUGUGUUGUCGAGUCAGCGGGUAUUCCUGCUGGAGUAUUUGAGAUGAACAGUGGUAGUCUCGGGCGCUAUGAUGAGUGUCUGAGCAUCGCAGUGCCGGAUGAUGCUAACAGCAGCCUAGUCGCGUUCCGGGGCUCAUUCUGUAGCGUCUUCCUGAAGGCACAAGGGAACCCGUUCUUGAGAAAGCUCAUGAGACGCGUCUUCGAGAAUACACCGGAGAUGAAAAAGCGCAUUGGAAGCUUUCGGGAGUUCGAGAGUCUCCAAGAGAACCCGUACCAGCUGGGCCUGCGUGCAGCGGUCUGUGCCCCGUCUACGUGCACAGCCACCGACAUGGAGAGCUUGCUCACAGCUGCUGCCGAACCUUACGGCAUACAAGUUAAGGUCCCUGUUUGUAAUGAUUCCUCACCGACAACAUUGGGUGCAGAUCAGGUCUUCUCACUGUGUGCGUUGGUCUGCUUGCUGAUGGUGGUGAUCGUGGCCUCUGCAGUGGACCUAUGGCUCCGGUAUUCGCCGAAAACCAAUCAAGCAGCUUCCAAAGACUGCAAGACUACGAAGGCGCAACUGCUGCUGUCUUUCUCGGCCGUCACCAACACCCGGCGACUCUUCGACUUCAGUGCCGGCGCUGGAGGACGGCUGCGCUGCCUCGAUGGGGUGCGCUUCCUGAGCGCCGUGUGGGUCGUGCUCAUACACAACUACGUCGUAGCGGAGCCCAACAGCAUGGGGAACAUUAUGGACGUCCUCGCCCUCAGAUCCAAUAUUGCGCUCACUACCGUGUUCUCGGGAUUCCUCAGCAUCGAAACCUUUUUCUUGCUCAGGUAA